AUGGGGAACUGUUUAUUCGGAGGGUUAGGCGAUGAGGAAGACAUGUCGAUCAAAGUCAUAAAAUCCAACGGUGAAGUUCUCGAGUUCUACUCCCCCGUCACUGCAGGGUCAGUCUCUGAUGAAAUCUCAGGCCAUACUGUUUACUCUGCACUCCAUCUCCCCUGGCAACCCCUAGCUCACCACCACCACCUCGCCCCCGGUCAUUCAUACUAUCUCUUGCCCAAUAUUGUCACGGACGACUUGAAGACUUUUGUCGGAAACUGCCACUCAAGAUCCAAUAGUGAGUCCUUGCCAGCGAUAACUCCGUACAGAAUGUCUCUGGACUACAACCACAGGGUGUUGAAGAGAUCAUACACGGACGUCUUUUCAAGAAAAAUCUACACAAGGACCCAACAGAAGGAAAAGAAGACGAGGAGGAGACGCACCAGCAGCAAAAGUGGAAUAUGGAAAGUAAAGCUGUUCAUAAACACGGAAGAGCUGUUGCAGAUAUUGUCGGAAGGUGGAAGAACAAAUGAGCUGAUAGAGACUGUGAGAGCCGUGGCCAACGGGGAAAACGUUGUUGCAUCAACCAUCACAAGUGGUUCGACCGACAAUGACUUGUCGGUGGUAUAUGUCUAG